UUUGUCAGCCUCGAGUCAAACUCAUAACUCCGUAAAAAUCGCGGGGGUGCCGUAACGUUCUGCAUACGCAAAGAGCUACAAAACUGAAUCAUCGCUUUCAAGCAAGGAUCAGGAUUACAGGUAAACAUUCUGCUAAAUCGAGCUGUUUAUUUCGCUAUGUGAAGUAUUCCGGCACAGCAUGCUUUGAAUUUACCCAUCUGUUCACGGCCGUUAUCGGCCCGUUUGGUCUUCGUUCUCAACUAUUCUUUCAGAGUUGCUUUGUCUAUGGCUGAAUCAGGUUUUAAGGGGUUUGAAUUAGGUCGCAAGGGGCAGUUCAUAAAAAUAUCUUGUUUUGGCAAAUGAUCCUAAUUUUCAGAGGAAAACAUCAGUUGGGUUAGUAUAGCGUGCAUUUUCUCGAAAUAAAAAAACAUUCCUCUUUCUUUCGAUUUCGUUUAGUGUCACUCAGUCAAAGUAAACUCUUGAAGCGUGUCUCUAACCAGACGUUAUCUCUCGAUAUGAACGUAAACUGUAUAAAUACACAAAAGUAUAAUGUACAUUUCACGUAGAAGAACCAUCAUAAGUUCUUUUUCACAGAUCAAAACUAUGUUAACUGUAAUUUAUACGCAUCUUGAUGACAUUAUUACACAAGAACUCACACAACAGGAUCAUGUUUAAUAUGCACUAUUUUCUAGUUAUCUUUUCAGUAAUUCACAGCUUGAGUAAGCUGAGUAAGACGCUCCGCUGAUCGGUGACCAGUUGGAAGUCAGUUAAAGGAGUAACUACGUGCUUUGUUUACAAAAUGUCAACACUAGUUGAAGUGUAUUUUCUUCAAAGAGUUGUAUUCUAAUACGUCAAGACGUCAAUGUUUGAGAUUUUUUGCAAAGGAACAUAAAACCUCGGAAAACUCAGCUUAGAUAGAAUUUUAAUUUUCUUUUGAAUGGCGAGUAUCCGCCUUACAGGUGACCUCUGUCGAGACUACACACCUUACAAUUCUCAAUUUUUAAGACGGUACUUUUGGACAGUAAUUACACACUAUUUUUUCCGCACAUGAGAACAAGCUAUCACCUUAGCCUACAGUAAACACUUGAAUACAGAACACCUCUUGGAAAGCUAACAGUCACGUCCGGAGAUUAAGUUUGGCUGGCAUCAUAAGAAUGUAAUUUUCCACGAAAAAUAAGUAGGCACUAAGCUCCAAUAUUUCAAUUUUUUUUUCUAGAAUUUUUGACAUAUUUUUUUAUUAUUGACUCAAGAUUAAAUUUACUCCAUACUUGUCGUCGGAAAAACUGGUUGACGGAUUUCGUCUGAUUUCGCCGGGACCAAAGGUUAACUAAUCAAUCGAUCGAAUAUCUAAGCCAUCAACGUUCAUAACAAAACUGUACUUAAAUAGUUCUCAGUCCGGCGAUAGUUUUAAUGCCCUAACACAUGGAUAUCUUGUUAAAAUCUGAUGCGCGCAAAACAAAGGAAAACGUUUUUUUUUUUCUCAGAAGGACUGCACAUGCUCACAUGUGCGUUAUGCACUUAUCAAUUGAAACCCCGACCCCCCACCCGGGCCUAUGCGGGGCAAUGUGGGGGAUUUUUAUGGUAUUUGAAGGCAUGGUUAGCCCGUGGGGCUGGGGGAUUUCUCAGGAUUUGCUUAGCAUAUUCAUGGAAGUCCAUGGAAGUCGGGGAGCGAGGUGGGGAUUUGACUCGUGCCUAGUUUCCUCACGGUAAUUUCUUCACGUGAUCACUGGUAUUUUGAUGUAUUGCUCGGCCGUAAGUUUCCUAAUUGUUUUUCCUUUCAUUUCUUCACUGAGACUAAUCCUUGCGAUUUUGCCUUGAGCUUUCAUGGUUCGUUGACUGGAAAUUGUUAUUGUUAUUCAAAACUUCUCAAACAAUGCAGAUACAAACUCCUCUACUUAUUAUAAAAGGUGCUGUGUCACGGCUAUCUGGUUCAUUUUGUUAAUAUUGCCAGUUACGUGGUCCCUAUUCGCUUUUGAGCGUUACGUUGGCAAAGAAAUGAAGAAAUCAAAGCUUCAUUUUAAACAGAUGUUUCUCCCAAGCAUAUCAAGCGUUACGGACGAAAACAAUGAACUUUGAAAAACCAAAAUUUCAAUCCGUUUUAAUCUUCUUCAUGUUUUCCCAUCUGUACCUUCUUUUGUAUUUGCUGAGUCAUUUAUACCAUCUUUUAAUGUCUUAAGCGGUUAUUUUUAUGUUUCACUCAAUUUGGUGGCAGUUCCCACAGCCUACAUUUUGGUAAAUUUCAUGACACAGCUCGUUUAACGUCUAGUGUUAAACCCAUGUGGUUUCUGUGGUUCUAUAUUUCCUCAUUCUUUAAGCCAAAAUAUAAAAUAUAGCUCCUAGGAACUAUUUUAUGCAGUCUAUUUAUAACAUCAGCUUGUGAAGGUUAAGGUAUGUUGGCUGCUAUUUUCAAUUAAACUUAUCAUUGCAGAUAUUACUUUCAAUGGAGAUGGUACGGAUUUCCUUUUAAUACAACUUUAUAGCAAUGUGCUACUCCAUCAUCCAUUUUGUACCCUGACUUUUUUAUAAGUGGGUAGGGGUCAUUAUGUUUACUUAUUGUCAAAUAUUUGUUGUAUUUAUAUCUUGGUCUGUUAUCAUAUUUGCCUUUUUGCUGUAGUAAAUUUGUCAAUAUUAAGAAGUUGAAAAUAUAUUCGAACGAAAUAUUAAUAAAGUCAGUCAGGGAAUUAAAAAGGUUUCCCCACCUGGGUGGGGGUUUUACUAGUCAAUAUGCCCCAAUAGGGUGGGAGUUUGCUAAGAUUUGUAAUGAUGUCAAGUCAAAUCCCCACCUUGGCCCGGGGUGGGGGGUCGGGGUUGCAAUUGAUAAGUGCAUUAGAUGGUUACAAAAAAAAUGCAAAUGCCAUAGUCGCCAUAAGAGUUUGUUUUUCUUUUUUAACAUUUUUAUUAUGAACAAAGCAUUCUUAUAACUAAAGCAGUUUUUAAAAAUAUAUAAUCCCCUGGCGCUUUUUAUCUUGCUACUUACACAUCGCCGGGAAAUUGGAAAAGCUCACAGUUAAAGUUAAUAGUCAAAAGAGCAAGUUCUCCUUCACAAAUUGCUCUUACUAGAAAUGGAAAAUUUGUCCUCAUGAAUGGGAUAUAAGGUUUAUAAACAAGACAAACGCUUCCAUUAGAAAAUUUCUCAACCCGACAGGUGGUGUUGCAAUGGUCCAUGAGUGGAACCAGAUUAAACUCUUCCCCCGAUCACCCACUGUCGGGAGCCUAUAACGCCUGACCCUGCCCCUGUGGCGGUGACGCAGCUGGAUUGGUCCCCUGGCCCCCGACCGCGUCACACAGUUGUCUAAAGGGUGGAUAACGCUAUCCACUGGAUAAAUAGUGCUAUCCAACGUUUGACCAACCUUGGCAGGUGGAAACCGGUCUUAAGAUUUGUUUCUGUAAAGAGUGAUGCAGUUCUCUUGCCCUUUGUGCAAAGUCCAUGGAAACGACCAUGUCGCAACCCUAACUAAAAAUGUAAAAUAAUCUAAAAAUUACAACUCAAAAGGAAAAACAACAAUAUCUGAACAAUACUUAAGAUUUCUUACCUGCUUUCAAAUAAAAUAAGAAAAGAAAAAAACAAAUGUUUCCGGCCAGAAUUGAACAGGCGACCUUCCGCGUGUUAGGCGGACGUGAUAACCACUACACUACGGAAACUACUAUGGAAGAAAUGGGGAAAGUUAGAGAUCUCUUACCGUGUGGCACGAAAUUUUUCGGAUUGCGGGUUCUAAUUUUUGCGGUUUUUCCAGCGAUCCGCAAAAAUAAGUUCCCGUCAAUACAAAUUACCGCAAACAUUUUUCUCGCAAAAAUUUACUCCAGGGUAAAUAUUCUCUAACUUAAAUUCGCUAAACAAUAAUACAGUACUAACAAAUCGUGUCUGUUCAAUCGCAGCUUGUCUCUUUCAUUCAGAAACAACGAAAUACUGGUUUAUUGCUUGAAACUAUAAACGAAAAUAUUAUCAAUGCUGGGUACUGGGUAUUUUCCGAAAAUCGCAAAAAUUAAUUCCCAGCAAGUAAAACCAAUCUGUCCUAAUCGCAAAAAUUAGUCAGUCCCGCAAAACACAAAAAAUCGCCAAUCCGCAAAAAUUUCGUGCCACACGGUAUAUAUGACAACUGCAGUAAAAUGAAAUUGAAUACUGAACUGAAACGCAGCCAGCAUUCUGCUGCAAAAGAUCUGAAAACGGAGACAUCUGUUGGUCAUCAGAAAAACAAACAUUACUUUACGGUUAUAACACAAUCUUGGACAAAAUAGACAGAAAAGUUGGACCCUCCCCUCCCUAAAUCAAUGAUGGGCAAGUGGCGUGAUUUCUUGACCCAUUCGCCGCUUUAUCCUUAAUUUCGGGGGAUUAGGGUUUGGAGAGGGGUUGCUAUUCCAUUUAAGUCUGUCUAAGAUUGUAGGUAGGUGAAAAAUAAAGUUUCGUGCUACUUAAUAAAGUGUUACCUGGUUGGGUGAAACAAAGUCUAAUUAACGAAUGGUCGUCCGAGUGAAUACAUUAUGAAAGAAAUAUUUAUCUUCUUAUCACUGUGAAUCCUGAUGUAUAACGCACAUUUAUCGCGUACCGACGGACACAGUGUUAGAGGGGACCGAGUUCUUCCUCUCUCCGCCGACAUCUUCCCAGAUGGUAGGUUACUGAAUCUCUAUAUAACCAGUCUCAGUCGAGUAUAAAAGACAAGCAAGAUAUCAUAAUAUUCUAAUUAUGAUCUCUGCGAUCUUGAGACAAGUUAUCCCCCAUUUUCGUCCUUUUCCUCACAGUAUCGUAAAUCCUUCUGCCCAAACAGGAGAACACAGGAAAGAACAAAAACAACAUACACUUUACGAUGGACUUAAUGAGCUUUUUAUCAGACGAGGAAUGGGAAAGAGUGACACAACCGUUAAUGGAGGGUAAGGCCAAUAUUUAUCCCCGAACCACCUUUCACAGGGGAGGGGAGGGGGAAAUCCCAACAAAUCAAAUCUUACCCCAGGGGUAGAAGAUAACAGGGCGGUAACGUGGCCGAGCAGUCAAAGCGCUGGACUUGUAAUCCAGAGGCUCCGAGUUCAAGUCUCGUCCUGGGCCCAGUUGCUCGAAGCAUGGUUAGCGUUAACCAGCGUUUAAUACCUUGACAACGUAUUGGUUUUGCUACUGCUUAACCAAUGGUUAAAGCUAACCAUGCUUUGAGCAACUCAGCCCUGAUCGCUAACUGGAUUUGGAUUAAUUCUCGGUUAUCCCGAGUUCCAUUCCUGGCCACGCCUGUAAAAUAGCUGUUUUUGGUUUGCCUCCCACAAGUUGGGAUUCUUAACCUUGUUAUGUUCCAUUUGAUUAGUAUUCGUUUCAACAAUUUUGAGGAGAGCCUUAAGUAUAUAGUAUUAUCAUUAUCACUGUCAUUAAUAUAAUUAUUAUUAUUAUUAUUAUUAUCAUUAUUAUUAUUAUCAUCAUCACUACGAACGACGAGGUUGAGAGAAGUAGUAGUAUUAAAAGGGUACGAAAAGGAGCGUGUUUAAUACCCCUGUUUUUCCCAGAACCGUACAAGAACCAAGCAACCAAACAACAAACCAUAGAGAGGUAGGGGAAGAGAGGAUUCAGGCGGUAGGAACUACAAACGAAAUACGGGGUAUCCGGAAGUAGAAAAGAGAGGGUUUUGAAUCUCUGACUCUCCGCUCCCGCUAGCUCUGGAAACUCAUUUUGUGCUUGGUACUUUUAUUUUUCAGGUUUUGAGGAAUUCCAAAUUGUUCACCGACACUCUUUAGGUAGUGGAAAGUACAAAUACUCAGCCUUACAAAUCAAGGAUGAAAUUCCCUACGAGCUCCACAUCAGCGGUGCAUCAGAGAAGAGAGACCCUUUGAAGGAAAUUCAAAUGAUAAAACUACGAGUGGAUGAUAACACUAUCACAGGCAUGGAUGACAACGGGGACUGUGUUGUUAGAAAGUCUUAAAACUAUGUUUUACCCACUUAUUUUGGUGUGAAUUGCCGCCUGUUAAUAGUAGCUCGACCAGUCAUAAAGGCGGCAGCAGCUAUAACGUAACAAAACUAUGAUAUUUCAGUUUGGAGCCUUCCUAGCAAGAAAGCGAAGCCAAAUGAUCACAUCUAGGGUAUUGAGGCUAAAAACGUGAACACAACACGAUUUUCUCUCUUCUCUUUCUCAUCAUCAGUACUGUACGGGUGUUACAGUACCACCACUAGGGAUCCAUAAAAACGUUUUUGAGGUAGUUUAAAGAAUAUGGAAUACUCUUCUUACGGUUUUUGUAAUCUUUGCCGCCAUGUUUGCCUACUUUAGUCAACUGUGUGUUCACCGCUCCAUCAUUAAUCUCGUUCCCAGGAUUCUAUCUUCGAGGGAGGAAGAGAGAGGACCCUGGGAACGAAAGAAUGAUGAUUUUAAAAAAGGAUGAUGACGUAACUGAUUCACGACUCCUGUGUGACGUCAUGUUUUCCGCCAUUAUCGAAAAUAAAAAAUGACGACCAUGUCUUAGCAGUGUUAUAGACCUGAAUACAACCGAACUACAACAACAAAUAGACUUUUAUUCAAAAAUUUAACAUAAGUGAGCCGACCCGCAGGUAGCAACAGCUAACGUAUAGGCCGGACAGACAAACAAACAAACAAACUCUGUUAUGUAAAGUUUUAUUAAUGUUAGUGUCACUUGGGUUAUAUUGCAAAGAAUUUUAAGAAUUUUUUUUGUGUAGAAAACUGAGGCAACACUAAAUAUAUCGUUGUUGCAGAGGCGUUGUGUUACAAUUAAACAAAUUAAACAUUGCUC